AUGACUCGUACCGGUCGUCUUUGCGGGAGCCGUCCCGCCGUGGUGCUCGUCGGAGCACUGCUCUUUGCCGGCAUCGUGUCGGCCUCGAUCAACCCCGGCGCCAUCAGACGCCAGGCCACGGCCACCAGCGCCGGAGCCGAGGCCAGCAUGGACUUUGAGUCCCUUACCGGAUGCCACAUGCAUGGGGCGACGCAGUACUGCAUGGCAGACUCUACUGAGUACCAGAUCGUCCCUGAAGCCGCCGAGGCGACGGCCACCGAGGACGCUCCCUCUUCGUACACUGCCUGCCACAACCAUGGUUCAGACGUGCAAGUUCUUUCUUACUGCAUGGGUCCCAGCUCGACCGAGUACUACGUCCAGACCACCAUCACCAACACCGAGGAGUUUCCUGCCCAGCUCACCGAUUGCCACAGCCACGGCGAAGAGACGCAAUCUGGCGCCACUGAUCCUGAGGAGGAACACUGCCACUUCCACGCCGGUGUCGAGCAUUGUGUCGGAGGUAGCCACGGCUCUGAAGAGGAGGGUACCCGCUCGUGUGGAAAGGUUGACCGAGACUACAAGAUUGGCAUCCGUAUCGGCAUGCUUUUCGUUGUCCUCGUUGCCAGCUCCAUUGGUGUCUUUGGUCCCAUCUUGAUGUCCACCUUCAUGCCAAUCAAGUCCAACCUCUUCCUCAUCGUCCUCAAGCAGUUUGGUACUGGUGUUAUUAUCUCCACUGCCUUUGUCCACCUGUUCACCCACGCGACCAUGAUGUUUGGAAACGAGUGUCUCGGCGAGCUCCUUUACGAGGCCACCACCGCCGCCAUCGUCAUGGCCGGUCUCUUCAUCUCGUUCCUCAUUGAGUACUUUGUUCACCGAGCGAUGCGCUGGCAGGAGAACAAGGAGAACAAGUCCGAGGGCGUCAUGUCUCCCCAGGCGCUUGCGAAGGCGGAACUUACCAACGUAACUAUCAUGGAGGCUGGUAUCAUCUUCCACUCGCUCCUUAUCGGAAUUACGCUUGUUGUUGCUGGCGACUCCUUCUUCAUCACUCUGUCCAUCGUCAUCAUCUUCCACCAGCUCUUCGAAGGUAUCGCUCUGGGUACCCGUAUCGCCGCGGCUGGCUAUGGCCAGACCCCUCUCGCCCAAUUCCACUCGCAUGGACACUCGCACAGUCCCGCUCCCGCCGUGGACCGAACUGGCGGCUCGACCGUCUCCCUGACCAAGAAGCUCAUUCUCGGCGCUGGCUUCGCCCUUGUCACACCUAUCGGCAUGGCCAUCGGUAUCGGCGUCCUGAACGUCUUCAACGGAAAUAACCCUUCCACUCUGAUCGCUCUGGGAACUCUGGAUGCCCUCUCAGCCGGUAUUCUCGUCUGGGUCGGACUUGUAGAGAUGUGGGCUCAGGAUUGGAUGUGGGGAGGCGAGCUCACCGAGGCUAGCCCUCUCACGACUACUCUGGCUCUGUUUGGUCUUGUCUGCGGUAUGGUUCUGAUGAGUUUGCUUGGCAAGUGGGCUUAA